AUGUCGAAUGAAGACGGCAAAAAGUUUUCGUUUAUUUGGAGCAUCGAAAAUUUUUCUCAUUCUUUUCUUGAGAAUGGACAGAAAUUAAUCAGUCCUGGAUUUGUAGCUGAAAGUGCAGGAGGAAGCAAAUGGUGCGUCGAAAUAUAUCCGAAGGGAUUCAAUCAAGAGAAUGGUGAAUUUAUUUCGUGUUUCCUUAAAAGAAAUGGUGACGAUUUGUUUCACGAAUUUUCUGAAGAAAUCGCUGUUGAUUUCACAUUCAAUGUUAUUGGUGGACAUGGCGAGAUUUUAGGAUCUUUUGAAGAAAAAAAUAAGAUCUUUAAAAAAGGAGAUAGUUUUGGUUGCUUAAAGCUUGUCAAAAUCGAAGAUUUAGAAGAAAAGAUUAAAAGCUGGCAUGAAGAUAUUUUGACAAUCCGUUGUUCGCUGAUUUCCUAUAAGACUAUUGCAACUGAAUAUGCAGCUAGGUCAACCAUUCCAAAUUAUUCUUGUUCGUUUGCUUGGAAAGUGUCAGGAAAUAGUCCGCGUGCUAGCAGUAAUUUUUUUAAUGUUGACCAGAAGAAUUUUCUAAUCACAGCAAUAUGUAACGAAUUCGGAGUUUUAUUGAAAGUUGAAGAACAGGCUCGAUACCUUAGCCAUUAUGUUUUCACUUCUGAUAUUACUUUGCUAGAUACGAAUGGUGCAGCAAAAUUUCAAAAACGAGAUGUCCACUUGGUUAGACCAACAAGAAAUGCCAGACACGACUGGGAAUUCCGAUUUUUGACAAACGAACAACUUCGCGAAACCAAAAAUAUAAUGAAUGUAUGUAACGAACUCACAUUAGCUUGCAUAUUUUUUAUUUCUCGUGUAGACUUCAAUGAAAUUGUUAAAUGUAAAAGCAAUCCUUUCUCAUCGCUGUCAUUUCCUAGUUUACGGAAGGACAUGCUUUCAUUGCUUUUGGAUGAAAAACAUGCAGAUGUAAAACUUAGAACAAAUAACCAUGUUAUUUCAGCGCACCGGUCUCUUCUUAUAGCUCGAUCUCCGGUCUUCUAUGCAAUGUUCGAUCAAGAAAUGAUCGAAACUAAAACAGGCAUUAUUGAUAUGCCAGAUGUGGACCCAAAGAUAUUGAAGAUAUUCUUAGAAUUCUUAUAUACAGGAACAAUUGAAGAAUUCGACUAUGAUGAUGCCUUAAAAUUACUUAUUGUAGCAGACAAGUAUCAAGUCUCUAGUCUGUGCGAUUUGUGCUCAAUAUUUUUGGUGUCAGAGUUAACUGUGGAAAAUGUAUGCGAAGUUCUGUGCUUAGCAGAUAUGACUAAUAACGAAUCGUUGAAAACUUCAGCUAUGGAAUAUCUAACCAAUCAUGCAGCUGAAGUAAUGGGUUCAACAGAUUGGAAAGGGUUGAUGGAAAAGAACCAAAAAUUGUCAGUGGAAAUAAUUUCCAGCAUUGCUGCAAAUUGUAGCAUUGUUCCAAAAAACAUCGGUAGAAAGUAA